CGGAAGCUGUAUCCACGUGUGUUUUAUCAAUUUUGUUGCGUUCAAAUGUGCUUAAAUAACGACGCGCAUCAACAUGGGGAAGAACAAGAAUAGUAAAAACGACUCGAGAGAGGUGGUUGACAAGACCGGACAGCAACCGAGUGCGAAGAAGCAGAGACGAGAUGGGAAAGCCCCAAAAGAACACAAACAAGUUGACCACCUUGAGCACAUCCCCUUCAAGCUGCAGGAGAUCAUAAAGAGCAAGGAGAGAAUGCAAAGUGGCUCUUCGAAUGGAAAGAAAUUCAAAGAUGGCACCCUCCUUCAUAGAAAGCCAGAGAAGUCUGAAGUCAAGGACUUGAUCGUCCCGCGUUUCAAGCGAGGAAAGCGGGAGAGCGAGUUUCACUUUGUGCGGCGAAUGGAGAUGGAGUCGAAGCACGUCUACUUCCUCACCAAAAACCAACCUGAGAGGAAACCUGAGCUGGCGGAAGACGAACAAGAGAAGCCUGUAGACCAGGGCAAGUCGGAAAAAAAGAAAGAGUACGACAAACUGAGAUUGCAGAAGCGACAGCAGAAAAAGUUGGACCGAAAGGAAGCCCGGAUGGAAAAGGAGAUGUUCAAAGAUGACAUUGCUUUUGGCGAGGUUACAUUGGAACCACCUUCACUGACCAGCAAACCCAAGAAAGCGCCCGUCAAACCUCAGGCCGCCGCGAAGGAGCUCCUCCUCAACUCGCUCCUCGGCCACACGCCGACGUCCGCGGCCAAGCCCUCCAUGGCCAGGCGGAGGAUCGUGGAGGAGGAGCGGCAGCGGGCCGUGCUGGCCUACCGCCACCUGAAGAAACAGAGACAGCAGCGGCAGGAGGAGGCCAGGACUGUAAAACGAAAGGCCCGCAAGUAAUGAGGCACAACGGCGAGAACUCGUAUUUUUAUCGCAGGCGUUUUUUCGGGUAAAAGUGAUGCGGCUGAAGGUCUGGAAGAAGCUCACAUUUGCAUCCUGGGAAGAGACAUUCAAACGCUGUUGUCUUGACGAGAGGACGCCCACUUCAUCCUUUAACUUGUUCCAACACGCAAUUGUGGCCGUGUAUUUAUUUGUGACAAUACACAGGGAGUCCUCUGUUUACGACGGUAUCGACAGACGACGUUACGAACGACGUACAUUGACGUAGUUGGCGUAGAAAUGCUUCCUCAUACGAUAAGGUAUUACCGUCGCAAUUGCAGUUUACUUUUUACAUUUACGGCCGAGGUUAGACCGUAUCGCUGAGAGGCCACUUGAUGGCAGUGUUUCCGAAAACAACACUCCCAUCUCAUUUCUGAUCUACGGCCCCGAUAACGUAAAACUGUUUUUACACUCACUGAAUGUAAAGAAAACCUCAACAACAGAGUAAAGUGUAUUUUUCUUGCUUUUCUGAUGCAAGUGAGCUGAUGUCUUUUUGAUGCAAAAUGUAACCCCAUGACAUCUAAAAAGGAAGUAAUUAAUUAGUUGGAUCCUAAAACUGGCUUAAAUUUGUAAUUUUAAUAUUUUUAAAUAUUUUUAAUACAUUUAAUUAUAAUUAACCAAUUACUGCAUAAAAUAAACAAUCGUUAAAGGUCUGUAAAAUCCCGAAAGGUUUAUUUAAAAUAAAACCGCGGUGAGGAGGCCCCGUGAUAAGGACGAAGGCGCCGUCCCUGCGCCGCCGUCGGCCCUCGUGCGUCAGCGCGGCGCCGAGCAGCAGGAACAUCGCGUAGAUCAGCGCCAUGACGAAGUCCCGGUUGUACCUAAAUAAAUGUUUCAAAACAAACUUUACUAAAAGACUAAAUGCGAAUGUAUUUUACUUAAAGGCUUAACUAUAAUUAACAAAUAUACUGUACUGGAUUGAAAAAUAGUUUAAGCCACUGAGCGUGUGUUAAAAGUACCAUUUAAUGUUUUGUGGAGACGAGUGUACUAGGAGUGCAUUCAUAGAAAUAUUUCGAAGUUGCCUGCAUGAGCCCUGUCGCCAAACAUGAAUAAAUCACAUCUUCCUCGUGUUGCAAAGUGUAACGCUUAUUAGCGUGCGGCCAGACUGUUUGCAUUUGUAAUCCAUUUGGUUUACCCUCAAUAUUGCCACGAACAAGGCCGCCUUUGUUGUAAUCGUUACACUCCGCCACAAAGUGAACAAACACCAGACGCGUAUUUUGUCAACUGCGGCGCACACGAUAGCAGCGGUCAUGAGAGGAGCGCUGUCUGCUCCGUGUGUUUGACCAGCAAAGCCUUAACGUGUCCUCCUGUGUUGAUCCGCUCGCGGUCGCCACGGUAACAAGACAACGCAGCUGUUUGUGAGGGCUCGAGUGUCGCAUCUGCUGAGGUCGUGAAAGUGGUGACGGCUCGAGUGCUGGGCGGCUCAAGUUGACCCGAGGGAAAGAUUAGCUGUGAUGCUAAUGGACACGUUUAUUGUUAAAGUAGUAAAUCGCACCUAGCAUCCUCGUGCGUUUGUUUGCUCAACUUUCGAGACGUUUCCCUGCGAGCGACGUUCGCCGCGGUGCUCAUUUGCAUUUGUUUUACAUCUUUGCAAUUGGACCUUGACAAAUCCUUGAAUACCUGGCAUUGAUUUUGCAUUGAUGACUCCGUUUCCUGUCUUGUUUGCUGUGUUUACUGUCGAAGGAAACAUAAAACCGACUACUGGUCUUUAAAACGACCACACAGCUUUGCCUUACGGUCUCUUUAGCUGACUGCUAACAAACAAUGUGAAACACCAUUGACUGGUGAACAAAUACCAAUGGUGUCAUUAUUGUAUGUUUCUGUAAAGUACAAUAUUAUUGAUAUUUGUCUUGUUUAAAAAAAAAUAAUAAUAAUUCUGGAACAGAUUGAUAGCAAUUCAGUUUAUUUCAUUUGGAGAAGCAUAAUUUGAAGCACCACUGCACUUUACGAUAAUGACUCCAUUAAAAUGUAUUGUACAUCAAACGUUUUUCAAGAAUGUACCCAAAAACAUUUAUAAACAGUUCUUAUUGUUUCUACAAAAGCUCACUUUUGUGGGUGUG